GAUUUUUUGUAGGUUAGGUUUAGGUUACUGUUUUUCAAUUAUGAAUUUUUUUAGGAGAAAAAUAAUUAUAAUUAUUCAUGAUAGGGUUCAAUGUAAAAAAUAUAAUCGUAUAAUAAAAAAACACUUACAUAAAUUCGAAAAUAUCCCGGGACCAACGUCACUGCCAGCAAUAGGAACCCUUUACCAAUAUUUCCCUUUCAUUGGAAAAUAUAGAUUUGAUGAAUUACACUACAAUGGCUACAAAAAGUACAAUUCAUUUGGAUCUUUGGUUAGGGAAGAAAUUGUUCCUGGAGUUAAUGUUGUAUGGUUAUUUGACCCAAAUGAUAUUGAAACCAUGUUCAGGCAUGAAGGAAAAUAUCCACAAAGGAGGAGUCAUUUAGCUUUAGAAAAAUACCGUUUAGACAGGCCAAAUGUUUAUAAUUCAGGGGGGUUGUUACCUACGAAUGGUCCUGAAUGGUUUCGAAUUAGAAGUGUUUUUCAAAGGGGACUGAGUAGUCCACAAGCUGUGAAAAGAUUUAUACAUGGUUCUAAUGAUAUCAUUCAAGAAUGGUUAAUUAUGCUGGAUGCUAUGAGGAAAACCCCAAAUUUGGACUAUUUACCAGAACUAUCCAGACUAUUUUUGGAAUUAACUGGUCAAAAUACUUUGGAUAUAAGGUUCAAUAGCUUUACUGUACAUGAAAGAAAGAAAUAUUCUAGAUCAUCUCAACUAAUGAAUGCUGCUUUAUUGACAAAUUCUUGUAUAUUAAAAACGGAUAAUGGACCUCAGUUGUGGCGAAAAUUUGACACACCCUUGUACAAAAAAAUGAAACGUUCUCAGGAAUAUAUGGAACUAGUAGCUAUAGAUUUAAUUUCUUUGAAGAUGUCCUUGUUCAUGGACAAGGAUAAUAGCAGUCCUUCACUUGUAGAUUCAUAUUUGUCAUCCCCAGAAAUCGAUUUUAAGGACAUCAUUGGAGUUGUCUGUGAUUUUCUAUUGGCAGGGAUAGAUACUUCAACUUAUACCACAAGUUUCCUACUUUACCACGUUGCCAAUAAUCCAAGUGUUCAAGAUCGAAUUUAUGAAGAGUCUUUAAAAAUGCUACCAGUAAAAGAUGGCGAUGUUACAGAUGAUAUGCUAAAAGAAGCGUAUUAUAUAAAAGCGGUGUUGAAGGAAUCUCUCAGAUUGAGGCCAGUUUCUGUUGGAGUCGGUAGGAUUCUACAGAGUGAUACCCAGUUUUCGGGUUAUUAUAUACCAGCUGGAACCACGAUUGUGAGUCAAAAUCAAAUAUCCUGCAAAUUGGAGAAAUAUUUUGCAUUCCCAGAUAAAUUUUUACCGGAACGCUGGUUAAAGAAUCACGCAUUGUAUAAACAACCCCAUCCAUUUUUACUUUUGCCGUUUGGACAUGGACCAAGGUCUUGUAUAGCUAGAAGACUAGCUGAACAAAAUAUGAUAAUUCUGUUGUUAAAGUUGAUAAGGAAUUAUAGAAUUAAAUGGAAUGGUGGACAAUUGGAUUCAAAAUCUCUAUUAAUUAAUAAACCCGAUGGACCAAUCUUGUUGGAAUUUAUAAAAAGAGAUUCUUAAUAAGUGCCUUUAAAAGAGUUUUUGAUUUUUGAAAAGAGAUGCAUUUUUAUUUUAUUUGAUUAAGAAAAAUUGUUAAAAACGGUA